CACCCACCAAGUGUGGAUGAGGCAGGGUUUCAUAUCAUGUGAUCAUCAUGGUGUGACCCACCUAUUGUACGGAUCCAACAUGUCACAUGUUGGUAGGAAAAAGUGGAUGUACCAUAUCUUAUGAUACAGCUGCUGUCUCUGAUCAUUUCUCGUCAGUAUAUACCACCGCCACCCUUCUUCAGGUUCUCUCCUCAUAAGAAGAGAGAGAUGUUUUAAAAUUGGUCAUUACUAUUAUUAUUUUAUUAUUCCACUUUAAUUAUCCUCUUGAAUUUUCUAUUUUCUCUUUAUUACGUAUAUAUGUACGGAAAGGUAGCAUUUUUUUUUUCUCAAUUUCUUUUUUUAUUCAGAUAUAAGAACGACUGUCUUCUGUUGUUCUCUUUUGGUGCUGUUGAAGGAGAGAAGCUCAUGAAGAGGCUAGUGGUGGCACUGCUAUUGCUGCUGGCAUUGAGUUCUGGAAUUAAGAGAAAUGAAGGAGAGAGUGAUGGGCAUUGCAAAUACAAGAAGGGCUUGCCGUCGGCUCCCAGACCUCACAGUGUUUCCAUAUUGGAGUUUGGGGCUGUUGGAGAUGGGAAGACGGUGAAUACCAUCGCUUUCCAGAAUGCUAUCUUCUAUUUGAAGUCGUUCGCCAACAAGGGCGGUGCUCAGCUCUAUCUUCCAUCAGGCAGGUGGCUGACUGGAAGCUUCGAUCUCACAAGCCACCUCACCCUCUUCUUGGAGAGAGAUGCUGUCAUCCUUGGAUCUCAGGAAUCAUCUCAUUGGCCGCUUGUUGAACCGUUGCCUUCAUACGGUCGAGGGAUCGAAUUUCCAGGCAAACGAUAUCGCAGCUUGAUAAAUGGCAACAACUUGAAGGAUGUGGUUAUUACAGGUGAUAAUGGAACCAUCGAUGGUCAGGGUGCCGUCUGGUGGGAGUGGUCACGCUCUCAUUCUUUGAAUCAUACCCGCCCCCACCUUGUGGAAUUCGAGAGCUCCAACGACAUUCUGAUUUCGAAUUUGACUUUCUUGAAUUCCCCUUUCUGGCACAUCCAUCCGGUUUAUUGCAGCAAUGUGCAGGUUCAGAACAUAAUAGUCCAUGCUCCGUCGGAUUCCCCACUUACGAAUGGCAUAGUCCCAGAUUCAUGCUCCGAUGUAUGCAUUGAGGACUGCCACAUUAGCGUUGGUCACGACGCGAUCGUGCUCAAGAGCGGCUGGGAUGAGUAUGGCAUCGCUUACGGAAGGCCCACCUCGAAUGUCCACAUCAAUCAGGUCCAUCUAAGGACGCCUCUGGGCUCCGCCCUCGCCUUUGGAAGUGAGAUGUCUGGUGGCAUUUCCAGUGUGCUAGCUGACCACCUCAACAUCCAUGAUUCAUUCACUGGCAUUGAACUCAAGACCACGAAAGGCCGAGGUGGUUUUAUAAAAGACAUCGUUGUAUCGAACGUCAAAAUGGAGAAUGUCCACGUCGCGAUCAGGUUCACAGGCCACUGUGGGACCCACCCUGAUGACCAUUUUGAUCCCAGUGCAAAUCCAGUAGUAAACAACAUUACUGUAAAAAACAUGACCGGGACAAACAUCUCCCUCGCUGGGAACCUCAAAGGAAUCCAUCAAGCUCCUUUCACUGAUAUCUGCCUAUCAGACAUUUCCUUGUCGAUCACAUCUGAGCUGUCCGCUUCGUGGGUCUGUUCGGACGUAUCAGGAUUCUCCGAAUCAGUGUUCCCAGUGCCAUGUUCCGACCUCCAAAACUCGUAUUGGAAUUCUUCUUCUAUCUGUUUCUCUCUUUUAUAUCCAGAUAGCCAUGUAGAAUCCUUAUGAAAUCUUUAUCCAUGCUUACUGAUCUUGUUCAGCCCAUCAGUACAAUUGAGAUUCCAAAACUUCCAAUUCCAUCUCAAAUUCAGGCGGCCCGGGCCACCUUUCAUUCUUCGGUCACCAUCAGAUUCUUUCCAUAUGAACCCAAUCCCAUUUUCGAUUCAUACAAUUCAAAACCGCGCCGAAGAAGGACAAUGUGCCCAUAUGUACAUACCCAUUUCUUCAUUCUUGUGUAGUGAUUUUAUUUUUUUUUCUAAUGUUUGGGACCUCAGACAUGUGAUUGGAGACCAUUGCAUUUGCAGUUCUGUUGUUAUUAUUAGUAUUUUUUUUCAUCAGUAGUUGCUGCAUUGUAUAUUUUAUCCGACGUGGGGCCCGCUGACGUCGGAAUGUUAGAUGAACGGUGGACAUGAGUCAGAUGGUUGUAAUAAAAAGAUGGCUGUUUGAAUUA